AUGGACAACGGUAGGUUGGAGACAGUCCCUCCUGGGACCAUGCACUUGGACACUGUAAGAUCGCUACAUCAGACAGUAGUAUCGCUCAGGACUGCGCUUGAAAUUUCUAAGAAUGAACUCAAAGAACUAAAAGAAAAAUAUCAAGAGCACUCGCGCUGCAUAGAAUAUGCUGAUAUUAUAGAAAAAUUGACUUUAGAGAAUCAUAUAUUGCGAAGAAAAAUAAUCGAUUCAGGUGGUGUAGAAAGUAGCAAUCCUAAGAGGAAUAUAAAUUUAGAAUUUUCUUAUAGUCCAAGUGCUCAGGUAGAAGAAAGUGAAGUUUUAAUAAAAACAGCUACUACUGAUAGUAAUGCUAUUGAGGAUUUAGAACCAAACACUUUGGAAAACAAGGACAAAUCAACUGAAAAAUUAGAAGAAAUACUUGAAGAGUCCAAAUCUGAAUCAAUUAUAUCAGAAAAUUCUAACUCGCCCAAUGUUACUAGCAGCCCAAACAUUGACGAUUCUGAAAGUCAAGUUUCUGUUUCUAAAGAGGAAUCGGAUGUAAACGUCCCAAGUUUUAAAACAAAGCUGGAAUUGCUGUCGAAGUUCGACGUGAGAAUUAAAGUCAAAACUUUGAAAGAAGGCACUGUUAUUUCAAGUACUACAUCUGAAACUGAUUCUACUACUGAGGAAAGGAAGGAGAAGUCGACUGGAAAGUCUAGUGAAUCGAAAACAAGCAUUCAUUUCGAAGAGCAUAAAGAACAUUUCGAAAAUUUCGAAAAUCCUAAAGGAGAUCAAAUUCAUUUAAAAUCAAUAUCAUCUGAGAAUAUAAAAAUGGCAGUACCAAAUGAGGCGGAAGUGAAAUCUAAAACUGAUAAAUUCGAUGUUCAAGUUCGAAUAACAUCUGAAGAUAGUCUCGUGCUUCAAGAUAAACACGAAAGAGCUAGACGAAAAGAAACCAUGAAUUUGGAUGUGGACAACCUAAGUUUAAAAUCGAUGUCGGAAGGGGACAAUUCAGUGUUCUCCGAAGGAACUACGCCGUUAGAGCACAACAGUGCACCUGAUGAUAAACAGGAUCAGGAAAACGCAAGUGGCAACGAGUCUGAGGAAGUCGACGAUAUAGAACUUAUAUUUACAACGGAUGAAUCUAAGGAUAUGAGCAAUUUGCAGGAGGAUCUCGUAUCAAUACGAGAAACUGAUCAUUGGACACCUGCUUCAGCAUCAACACCACAUUCAACGCCCGUUUUAAUCAAAUUCCAUACGCUAGACCCGGACUUUCAACCAGGGAGGGAGACUAAUAGCGGCAGAAAGGAGAACCAAGAAAAUACGCCAUGUUACACAGAACAUUCUUUGAGAAUGAAGAGAGUGUCCUUACCAAAUGACAAAGAAAUAAAACAGGUCGGCUUCAAUGAGAAAGGCACUCUUGAAUUACCUGGAAGAGGGAUUUUAAAGAGUUAUGACAACAAGUCUGAUAAUAUGUUGUAUAGAAAAAGUCCGAACGCAAGUACGAGGAGAUUGGAUAGUGUUGACAGUCUUACUGGCGAAUACAAUCGUGGCCUAAGUUUUGAUAAUACGAAAUCUUCGAGCUACGAUCUUGGCUCGAGUUUUGAUGUUCUUCACAGAGAGGAAAGUGUGGAUAGUUUCCAUAGAACAAGGAUGGGUCAUCGGUUUUCGGUUUUCGCGGAAACAGACAUAUCCAAAUGCGGAAUAUCUGAAGAUGAUCUCGCGAGCAAUUUGAAUGUCAGGAGGAAUACUUGCCCCAAUCCAUUCCAGUAUAGGCCUCCACUAAGUCGUACAGGAGUACGUUCAGGAUACAAAGCGUCGGGGCGCGCCCGCCCGGUGCUCUACCAGGGCUUGGCCCCUCGACGCGAGAGCUCCGCGCAAACUGACGUCUCCGCACUGCCAAAUAGAUGGACAUCUGAUGGAUAUUUAGCUUAUAAGAUGAGCGCCCCGAUGCCGACGGCGGCGCCCACGCUGCCGCAGCGCGCGGCGGCGCGGCGGCCCGCGGCGGCGGAGGCGCGGCCCGCGCCCGCGCGCCGCUCCGACGAGGCCCGGCGGGUACUGCUCAGUGAUAUCGGAUUCACAUCAAUGGUCCCGGAGCUAUCUCGGUCAGCAGAGCCCCUCUGGACUCAACGCCGACCGCCUUCGACUACUCACGAUCAGUCACAAUCGCCUGUAUCUCGCUAUCGUUACCGUUCGCCGUGUCUCAGCGUCGACCGCAGCAAUGAUUGGACUACACAAACUAAUGCAUCAACUAUAAAAGGCAUGUCGUGGCGCGGCUCGCUGCCCGACGUGCGCGACACCGACCAGCUGCUGCACGAGACCGAGCUGUUCCUGCGCCGCUCCAUAGACAACCUGCGCUCCUCUUCGCUUGACACGGAGGCGCGCGCGCCGCCGGGGCAGCCCUACCUGCCGACGGAGGCGCGCCAGCUGCGCCUCGGGCACGUCGUCAAGCUGAUCACGCCGCAGGGGCGGCUCGCUGUGGGACGUGUCAGAUAUGUAGGUCUAGCAGGUGGCACCGCUGCCACCAGUGGCAUCGUUGUGGGCGCCGAGUUCUCCUGCACCCAAUACCCGGGGCUGCCCCGCAACGACGGCACCUACCACGGCCGCCGAUACUUCCUAACGCCACCACAAAACACUGCUUUGUUUGUGCCAUUCUCCAAAAUAGUUAUGGCUUGGGCUAAU